CUCCAAAACAGAGCAGGCACCACACCACAGUCGAGAGCAGAGGAGGCACCAUUCUCCGGCACAGCAGAGCAGGCACACACCGCUCGUCGUCGGCCGGAUGGACGGUGCCGCAGCCGCCUGGACGCCCCGGAAGCAGGUGGUGCUGUACCCUUCGCCCGGCAUGGGCCACCUGGUGUCCAUGAUCGAGCUCGGCAAGGUCCUCGCGGCUCGCGGCCUCGCCAUCACCAUCGUCAUCGUGAGACUGCCGUUCGUGGACACCGGGGCCAGGGGGCCGUUCCUGGCCGGCGUCACCGCGGCCAACCCCUCCAUCUCCUUCCACUGCCUCCCGCAGGUCGACGUCCCGCCGCUCGACUCCGACCACCCCGAGGCGGUCACCUACGAGGUCGCCGGCCUCUCCAUCCCACACCUCCGCGGCUUCCUCGCCAGGGCCUCACCGACCGUCCUCGUCGUCGACUUUUUUUGCAGCAUCGCGCUCGACGUGGCCGCGGAGCUCGGCGUCCCCGGGUACUGUUUCUUCACGUCUCCCGCGGAGGUCCUGGCUUUUUCCCUGUAUUUGCCGGUCCUGCAUGCUAGGAGCGCGGCCAGCUUUGGGGAGAUGGGGGAGGAGCUCGUGCACGUGCCGGGGAUCCCCGCGCUGCCGGCGACGCACUUCCCCAAGCCGCUCAUGGACCGUGACGACCCGGCAUACAUAUGGUCGCUGAGAGUGUCCCCCGACCUCUGCCGCUCCCAGGGAAUCAUCGUCAACACCUUCCGCUCGCUCGAGCCACGCGCGGUGGACACCAUCGCCGCCGGGCUCUGCACGCCUCCCGGCCUCCCGAC